AUGUUUAGCUCCUUCCAGCAGCGCCUGUCCUACAGCACGCUGGGUGACCUGGCCCUGGCACUCAUAGACGGGACGGUUUAUGAGAUUGUGCAAGGACUCCUGGAUAUCCAGCACCUCACAGAGAAGAAUCUGUACAACCAGAGGCAAAAGCUGCACUGUGAACACCAAGCACUCAAACAAGAACUUGUACGGAAACACAAAGAUGCUAUACAGUCAUGCAAGUCUCACAACCUUGCGCUUCUGAAAUCCAACCAACAAGCAGAGCUAGAGUCUCUGGAAAUCCGUGUGCGAGAGGAACAAAAAAUGAUGGAUAAGAAGAUUGUUGCGGAAAUGGAUCAAAAAGUGAUAGACCAGCAGAACACCUUGGAGAAAGCAGGAGUCCCUGGAUUUUUUAUCACCACUAAUCCUCAGGAGCUGACAAUGCAGAUGAACCUACUUGAAUUGAUCCUCAAGCUUCAACAGAAGGAGUCACAAUCAGGACUCCUUUGA